UUAAAAACAUUAUAUACACAUGUGGGAAUUUUUUGAUGAGUCAUUGAACUUUUGACAAGGACCACAUCCUUAAUCAAAUAUUUAAUUACUUAUCUACUUUUUUCGGUCUAAAGGUAAUAAUAGUAUAAAUAUUUGAAAAACAUCCUUCUUUGAAUUAGUUCCAAGAUAAAAUCAGAAGAGAAUAGACCGUCUUCCUAAUCUGUAUCCGAAUGUGAAUAAGGCCAUAUGAUCUUUCCGAAAAUACGAACUCACACAAAAAUGGGCAAUUGCAUUCGAAAGACGUAUCAGCCUAUGGAUUUAUACCAAGCACCGUCCCUGGAAGAGGUUCUACCAGAAUUUUCAGAGACUUCUGCCUUAAGUCUUGAUGCCAAUAUCAACUACAAUCUUCACCUAUAUUUGUAUCAGAAACAAAUGCAACAAAAAGAUCGGGAAUUAAUUACUUGGUGCAUCUCAAAACUGGCGCUUACCGAAGAUAUAAUUCGAAUCAAUCAAUCAAGACUGCAUCAGAAUAUGUUCAGUAUUGAUUUAUCAACAUUAGAUGAGAUCUGCAAGGAAAUCGAACAAUUAGAAGAAUACCGAAAAAAGUUAAUUGAUUUGAUAAAACAUCUGAAAAAAAUCAACGGUAGACCUUCUUCGAAAAAUGCUAGAAAAAAACGUUCUCAUAAGUGUGCCAUAAAAAUUAUAACAGCUCUUACUGAAGCUAUAACCAAAGUAUAAAUAUAUUUGGCUAAUUUCUGAAGAAUAAAUUGAAAAAUAAAUACAAAACUUGGAACUCAAAAAAAAAAAUUACGAGUUUCACUAGUUAUAGGUUUAGUAAAUGUAAAUAAAUGUUCCGAAAAGGACCUAUAUUUCUAUAGGUUUCGUCAACGGUCGAACUUCGUUUC